AUGCUCCAGCAAGGAUACUACGACGUAACGCACGUGGAAGUUUCCAGUGGAAGUGAAUCGAACAAUAAUACGCCGUUUUCGGUAAAGGACAUUCUCAACAUGGUUGAGUCGGGUGCGGGCGUGGUGGACGGAUACCUCAACUGUCAGAUGGAAGGGCCUUCUACUCAUUUCCCUUAUGGAGGUUAUUCCGGUUACGAGACCUCAUAUCAUCCGUCGGAUCCUUACGGGAUGAUUCCGCACGGUUACCUCUCUCAAUCACACCAUCACCAUCAUGACCUCGGCUAUGGAUCCUCCUCGUACGACUUCAACUCUGGGCCGAUCCCUUCGUCAUCCAUCGCUACCUCUCAUCUUGCACCACCACACUAUUCACACGUCCAACCUUACGGAUACCACAAUUCAACCGUACCGCUGACGGCCAACGCAACCUCUAGUCCGGCGCUCAGCUCCAUCGCCAGUCCCGUCGGUUCCGAACUAGAACCAGGUGGUUACGGUGGACCGGGGAAACCAGUCGUGCUUGGAGGGUCGGAGAUGGAUCCCCCGGCUUGUAGCUUUCAGAUGCAGGACAUGAGGACGGGUUUGUUGGAUAGUAGCAGCAGUACCUCCGGGCAGAUGGAUGAUCCUUCUGGAUCGACAGGAAGCCCCCACGAACCUCUGAAAAUAAAGGACGAACCGUUUGGAAACACCUCGACAUGCGUUACCUCAGAGCACGUGCAGGAGUUGGACAGUUUGUGUCAGAUGAACAACAAUAACAGCGAAGAGGAGAUGCUCCAAAAAGAAUGCAGUACACAGCUCGUGACUUCGUCCCGGUGCGAGUUGCGCAAGAAUGGAAAGCUUCGUGCUAAGCGAAAGCCACGGAUCCUGUUCUCACAGGGUCAAGUCCUGGAGCUAGAGCGCCGUUUCCGGCAACAGCGCUACUUGUCCGCCCCGGAAAGGGAAACGCUUGCCAGUAUCCUAAAGCUGACGCCAACACAGGUGAAGAUCUGGUUCCAGAACCGUCGCUACAAGUCCAAGCGGGUGCAGAUUGAGGGCGUCGCAUCAACAUCGUCAUCGUCGUCAGCAUCCGACCCAAGCCUUAAAUGCCCUCCCGACUCCAGUUCCAAGGACUAUGACGAACUUUCUCUUGGUAUGUCAUCCGGACCUGGCGGGUUUCCAACGGGAUACCACAGUACUGCCUCAGGAAACUCGGCAAACCUUGGCCUUCCUUCAUCCUCGGGAGGACCUUCCCCGGGACCUCAACCUCCACCACCUCCGCCACCUCCCUAUCCCUCGUAUGGACUCCAGUACACGGACCACUAUCCGACCACUCCACCACAACCACUUUCCCAUCCUUACUACGAACAAAAGGCGGCCUAUUGGUAG